UCUCUACCUCUGUCUUUCGCUCUACCCCUCUCCCUCUCUCAGAUGUUCUAUUCUGGGAAGUUGUGCCAGGAAUAAUAGCUUCGGCGUCUUCCUCACAAACUGAAAAAUCGUGUCGGAGAGGACGUUUUACUCACAACGUGUCUGCAUUUAGUAGCAGCAUAAGGCUUUAGAAUAGUCAUACGGAAGUCGAUAUUUUUUUGGUGCUAAUUCUUGUUUAAUUUUUCACUCUUGAGUAUUGGACGCUUUUAUCCGACAAUUAGCGAAGUGUCAAGAGCGUUGUCAUAGGUUGUAAUUUAUUAAGGAUUUUACUGGACGUGGGUUUUUGCACUGCACCUGAAGUGUGACACGGAGUGUAUUUCCUUGGCAGGCUGUGCCGAUGCCCUGGAGGAGUGUGAACGCUGUGUGACGUCCUCGCAAGUCGCUCUCCUUGGCUGCACAACAGGAAACACUUGUGGCCUCCCUCCUUCCUGCGCUCAGAAAGAGGGCGUGUGAAGAGGGUGUGUGCCUGGAUAGGCUUGCCAGGACUGCCAGGGAGAAGUCGUCUGUCAAAUCCCAGAGCUUACAUCAAUAGGUCUCCUAGCAAGCAUACGCUCUCACUACCAGUGAGUGGCUAUUCUGAUUGAUGGGAGUUUGGCCCCGCUGUUUUGGCUUUCUAUCGGUGACCCCGGAGAAUGGACAGGAAGAGUUUCACCCCAGAGGAUUGCUUUUGGUGACUGGAGAUGUUGUGGGACUGGGGAGCUGAUAUACCCAGUGGUCUGUGUCAUCUCCGCACCCUGGCCAAGGGGUCAUCCUGAUUUCUGAACCCCCACCCCUCGCCCUCCUCCCACCAGCCUGACCCAGCGACCACCCCACCCCACCCCACCCAACCAAGCGGACCGAAGACACCUAAACAGUGCAAGGCUCAAUCACCACCUCAAGUCCUCUGAGAUCACGCAGGUCUUAAGUGAAGAUUCUUUUGGAAGUUGUAAAAAGAGAGAAAUCAACAAGCACUUUUUUUAAGACCGAUUAAGAAAAGAUCUUCAUACAUUUAAUGAAUUGGACAGAAAAUUGGAGGGAUGUUAGCAAGUCUACAGUAUGAUUGACAGAAAGAAAGUGUUCUGAUGCAGACGAUAGAGGAUCUUCGUGACUCAAAUGUGGAACAACCCAACAACUUCAGCAAUGGAAGGCCCCUUUGUUUAAGAGCUUCAUUUGUGACAGCAUCUGACAUUUGACCUUUGAGAAACCCAACUGACGUCUAGAGGGACAAUGGAGUCACGUGAAUCUGCUGCUGGACCAAAAUGCACCAAGGAUCCCCGGGAGAAGCUACAAAGGAAGUGGGUCUCUGAGCCCUCAGCUUGCACAAAAAGAAGCACUUUCGCUGACCCGGAGGAAAAGAGGCACUCGCAUCGCGAAAGCCUUCAAAGUGGUGCCAGUGGCAGCAAUAUUACUGGCUCAGCACGAAAGUAUGGCUCUGGGAAGCUGCUAUCAACUGCAAUAGUUCAGUCAUCUCAAGAUAGUCAGUACGCACAGGCUUUCCCUCGUACUUACUCCUACCAGCUACCACAACCGUACCCACAGCAGCCCAUGCAAGAGCGCUUCCUGUCCGGAGCCAAGCCACAGCCCGGUCUGGAGGCCCAUGCCUGGCCCUUCGCUGGACAGCUCCCUUCCGACGACAUAUUCCCUGGACACUCCCGCGCCCAUGGAGUAUUCCCUCGUCAGAAAUCUCCCAGUUUACCCAGUUCUUUUGGCCAGUAUUCCCAGUCAGGGCCGGAGCCACCAGAGGAGGGAUACAAGAAGGAGCAGAAACCCAAGAAGCCAGGGAAGUACAUCUGCCACUACUGUGGAAGGGCUUGUGCUAAACCCAGCGUGCUGAAGAAGCACAUUCGUUCACACACUGGAGAACGCCCCUACCCUUGUGUCCCCUGCGGUUUCUCCUUUAAAACCAAGAGUAAUUUGUACAAACACAGGAAAUCUCAUGCCCAUGCCAUCAAAGCAGGACUAGUCCCAUUCUCCGAACUGGCAGUUUCACGCACAGACAUGGAUCAGGCGUCCUCAGUGGGAGAGACGGAAGUACACUCAGACGGUGAACAGAGCACAGACACCGACGAGGAGACUGCAGAGGCCUCCAUGUUUAUGGACAAAGGCAGCCCCAUUCCCCAGAUAUCAUUUGACAUGGACAAAAGCACAAUGGAGAAGGGUAGGGAGCCGGCAUAUGCUGACUCAGCUGAGGAGCUAGCUAUGGCUUCCAUGAAAGUGCCUAUCCUAAUUGUCCCAAAACAAGGGGUCCCACCAACAGCAUUGGAGUGCCCCCCAUUCACAGAUCUCAAGGCUUCUCACAUCAGCUCCCAGGUUGGCCGCAUGGAUGACUCUCCCACUAUCAAACAGAGACUGGCUCUGAGACUGACAGAGAAGAAGGGAUCACAGGACUCAGACCAGCAGUCCCAGCAGUCCCUGAACCUUCUGAGUCCACACAGCAAAGGCAGCACAGACUCAGGCUACUUCUCCCGUUCAGAGAGUGCAGAGCAACAGAUCAGCCCUCCCAACACAAACGCAAAGUCCUACGAGGAGAUCAUGUUUGGUCGGACUUGGUAUUACAAACCUAACUCUGCUAGAUCUAGACAAUCCAUUGCAGUAGGCAUGGCCACUGUUGGCCAAGACACUAACAUAGUAAUGGGGAAGAUAUCUGAGGAUCAUAUUUUUUUCCGAAAUGAUAGCGGUGAAGUGCAACUAUUAGCAGGCGUUGACCCUAAGCAGUAUCCCACAGGCCCUUGCCAAAGCAACACAGGUCUACUAGAGACUCCUUCUGAUUCAGGGACACUCAUUAGGAGUAACUCAAUGCCAACAUCCUCCCCGACCAACCUCAACGUCCCACCGGGGAUAAGAGUGAGCCACUCCUUUGACGAGAUGAUGACCUCUGAUGAUGUCUUCUACCCAGGUGCUGCCAGUCUGAGGAGGCUUAGGAGACAGGCCGCUUUUGAGCAUUCAGCACAUGAAGGGCAUGGCGACUAUGAAACCUAUGGACACGUUCCCAAGAACGCAGCCCCAUCCGUGGGAUUAAAGCUAGGGGAGCGCAGUCCUGUGGUGCCAGAGCAUACAGCAUACAGCCCAUAUGGUACUAAAGUGGGAAUGACAGAGAUUGCCACUCGUAAACGCAGGAAGGAAAAGAGUGUAGGAGAUGAGGAGGAUGGCCCUGUCCAGUACGACAGUAGUUGUAGUGGCUCAGUAGAUAUGGUCAGAGAUUAUGAUUCAAAACAAGGUAGUCAAGAGGGUUCAAGGGGGACACCUACUGGAAAGGGAUCCAUGGGAUCUAUGUACAGUGCACAUAGCCAAUCAGACAGUUUUGAAACAUGCUGUAGUAGCAUGUGCUCAGAGGACGUAGUGCUAGUCCCAGACUCUGACAGAAAGACAGCUGGCAAUGUUAUAUCUGUCAUUCAGCACACCAACUCACUCAGUAGGCCAAACUCCUUUGAGAAGUCAGAGUCCUUCGAGCACCCAGCCUACCUGCAAGAUAAACCCUCCAGCCAAUAUUCAGAGCAGUCAGAUACAGAGAACAAAGAGGAUGUGCAGAGCCCAGAGUUUAUGCUGAGGUCUGAGAGCAUGGAGCAGCAGCAGCAAAGCAACAGUGAUUUAGUUUCAUCCAACCAGCCCUGUCACAUGCCCCCCAAACUGGUACGUCAGCCUAACAUCCAAGUGCCUGAAAUCAGGGUGACAGAGGAGCCAGAUAAACCAGAGAAAGAGCCUGAUGUACCAACCAAGGAGCCGGAGAAGCACGUUGAAGAGUUCCAGUGGCCCCAGAGGAGUGAGACACUGUCCCAGCUCCCUGCGGAGAAGCUGCCUCCUAAGAAGAAGCGUCUGCGUCUGGCAGACCUGGAGCACUCCUCUGGGGAGUCCAGCUUUGAGUCCUGCACCAGCCUGUCCAGGAGCCCCAGCCAGGAGAGCAACCUGUCCCACAGCUCCAGCUUCUCUAUGUCCUUUGACAGGGAAGAGAGCCUAAAGUCUGUGUCACCGUCCAAGCAGGAGGACUUUGGCAAGCAGUCUGAGUACAGCGGCAACUCUCUCACUAUCCCCGGCCAUCACCAGCAGAGGGAGAUGCGACGCUCCUCAUCAGAACAGGCUCCCAGCGCUCUGCCCACCGAGAUCCCAGAGAUCCGUAGCAAGUCCUUUGACUAUGGCAGCCUCUCAACAUCAUCCAGACAGGGAGAGGUUUACUCCAGUGCAUCAGCCAUGAAAGAUCGGAGACGGGGCUACCUAGUAAGGCAGGCAUCCCUCAGUGUUUACCCUGAGACUGUGGUGCAUGAGCAAGGUGUUCUCGAAAUUACUGUCAAGCAAGAGCACUCGGACCAUGGACCCUCAUCUUGGCAGAGCCCCCCAUCCUCUCAAAGUUCUCUCGGUGCAUCAGCCAGCGAAGUAGCAAGACCCAAGAGAGGGUCACAUCAUCAUCUUCUGCAACAGAGCAUUAGUGAGGACAGCCAGGACGACCCACCACUGUUCCAGAAGUCAUCUCGUCUGCCAAGUCAACAGUCAUCAGAGGGAGAGCAUCCAGGUCACGAGCUCAUGAGCAAGGAAACGAUGCAAUACUCCUCACUCCAGAACAGCUUGGCUUCACUGCCUUUCCUGCCAUGUCAGCCGGGUCUGUUCUGGCACCCCGAGUCCACACAGAGACACAAGCAGCAUCUGGCAUUCCAGCCACACCAGUUACAGAAACUACAUAUCAGACAGCCUAGUCUACCACACAUGAUCCAGAAAUCCAACCCACCUCUUAAUCAGCUACAGCAGAUUCAGGAGCAAUGCGAUGCAAAAGCUGACGGUGCUAUCAGUCAGAGCUAUCAGUAUCCCUCUAGAGCCUCCCCCCAGGCCCAGCAUUACGGCUCUCUACCGUCUAAAGUGACCCUCACUGAGAGCACGGUGCUCCUGCAACAGGUCCAGCCAAUCUUCGCCACUCAGAAUGCGGGUUCACAGUCAUCUCUCCCAGGUAUGCUAGUCCCCGUUAGGAUACAGACUCAAGUGCCAUCUUACGGAAGUGUUAUGUACACAAGUGUUUCACAACUCUUAGCUAACCAUGGCCAGAGCACUUAUUCAGCAAGAGUCAUAUGCUCAGAGAGUGUAUCAUCUAGUUCACUCACAGGUGGCACUGUUUCAAAGCAAGGCGUUGGCUUCAAUUUAUCUCAGAUCCUUGGUCAGCCUGAGGGAGCUCUACGUUAUCCACUGUGGAAUAUUCCGGAUCUGAACACUGAACACGGGAGACUGAACACGGGAAUUCCGCUGUCGUUGACAUCAGGAACCAUCUCCACCACGGAUGCGUCCUCCAGUAUUGGGGGAAGCAAGCGGAUGCUAUCACCAGCCAGUAGCCUGGAACUCUUUAUAGAGACCAAACAGCAGAAACGGGUCAAGGAGGAGAAGAUGUACGGUCAGAUUGUAAAGGAGCUGAGCGCUGUCGAGCUGAGUGCUUCGAAAGACAGCGGCAAGUUAUCAACGCGUUCCCCUCUGAAGAGCGAGGGUUCAAUGGACGAUCAGGAGAGGAUGUCCUCCUCCCCACCAGCAGACUUCCCCUCCACCAAAAUCCCAGUGCGUUCCAACGCACCUCACAUACCUGAUGUGCCACCAGCUGACAGCUUCACUCCCCCUCUGCAAAUCGUGACGGACUUCCCUGGUGGCAGAGAGUCCCCAGAGGAGCUGGACGUAGAUGACUCCACCCCAGAGGCUAGCUGCAGCCCACAGUUCAUGGUCUCCUCCAGUGACACUCCAGAGGAAGCCAAGCCACUCAUGGGCAGCAAGAUCCCUGUCAACAUGCUGGUGCAGCUAGCUGCCAAUCAGAGUGGGGGUGCUGCUGGAAGCACUCUAAUGCUCACAGAUCUGGCAGACGUUCAGCAGUUCUUUCAGUUCCCCAGUCUUCGCACGACAACCAGUGUCAGCUGGUGCUUCCUGAACUACACCAAGCCAAACAACGCUCAGACGACUCCACUGACUUCUGUGUACGGCUCCUGGUGCGUCAGCUCUUACAACCCCAACCCUCUCAGUCUCAGCACCAAGUCUACUCUGGCACUGCUCUGCUCCAAGCAGAGGAAGAACACAGAAACCUACACGAUGGCUGCUAUGUAUCAACCCAGGACUGGAAAACUUGUGUCCUCUCUUGCUUGGAAGCAGAAGUUUGAACAGAUGAAGCCAGAGCUCAUGCAGCUAGAUGUGAGCAAAUAUGGGAAGAAAAUCAAGGGGCUGAGCUCCAGGGAACGAGUCAAGGAGGACCACGGAGAGAAGGAGGCCUCCUCAAAGCAGGCUGAGCCUACUCGCAUCAAAAUCUUUGAAGGAGGGUACAAAUCCAAUGAAGACUAUGUUUACGUGCGGGGCAGAGGAAGAGGGAAGUACAUAUGUGAAGAGUGUGGGAUCCGCUGUAAGAAGCCAAGCAUGCUGAAGAAACACAUCCGCACACACACCGAUGUCAGGCCGUAUGUCUGCAAGUUCUGCAACUUUGCUUUUAAAACUAAAGGAAACCUGACAAAACACAUGAAGUCGAAAGCCCACAUGAAGAAGUGCUUGGAACUCGGGGUGUCAGUGACAUCUGUGGAGGAUGCAGACGCCGAGGAAGCUGACAAUGGCGAGGAUGGCCAGAGGGAGUCUGGGAAGAUGUUAGGCAUUAUGGCGGACCACCAGUUCUCAGACGCUGAUGAUUCUGAUGAUGACGGGGAUGAGGUGGAUGAUGAUGAAGACGAUGACGACGAUUACGAUGGCGACUCCACGCCGAAAACGCGCUCCAGAAGCACUAGCCCUCAGCCCUAUGGCAUACCGUCUCUCUCCAUCACGGCUGUGGCAGCCUCUCAGAACGCCUGCUCCUCAGACCUGCUGGGUCAAGGCUCCAAACCUCCCAUCUUCAGCUACUUCACCAGCCUGCCUAGCAUCCAGAUCACCCAGCUCAUGGUGCCCAGCGAGCGUGCAGGCCAGGGCCAGAUGGCAGAGUACCAGCGUCUGCUGCAGGGCGCCCUGGGCGAGGACUAUAAGAACAGGCUAGACAUACCCAGCUCCAUGGACAAGGACUUUGGCCUGUCCACAGAUCACAGCUUCUCCUCCUUUGACCUGUCCCCGUCUCGCCUCUCCUCUCCAGGCCUGGGGUCCUCCCCUCUCCGAGAGCCCUCCCCCACCACCUCCUCACGCAAGUACCUCUCCCCCCGACGGGACCUGUCCCCCCGUGGCCGCCUGUCACCCCACAGAGAGGUGUCCCCUCUCAGGCACAUCUCCCCCAAGAGAGACAUCUCCUUCAGGAGGGACCUCUCGCCUCGGAGGGACCUGUCCGCCAGAGGUCACCUCUCGCCCCUGUCCCACGCCGGACGCCCCACGUCACCGGGCAGGGACCUUGCGGGCAGGAGGGAGCUGUCUCCGCGCAGUCACUACCGGGGCAUGAUCAGACCUGUCUCCCCCAGGAGGGGAAUGCACCAUCACAGUGCCCCUUGGAGUCUAAGCCAGCACCUAGACUCAGAGAUGGUGCCACUGGGCCAGAGCAGUAGGAGCCACUCAGAGAUGGAGACGGAGCAGAAGAAGAGUUCCCCUCCCCACAGCAGCCAGGAGUCCCCUCAACCCCACCAGGGCCUGUUCAGCCACCUCCCCCUGCACUCCCAGCAACAGGUCCGCACCUCCUUCCCCAUGAUCCCCAUCGGCGGCAUCCAGAUGGUUCCCUCCGUGCCCACCUCAGUCACCGGCCUGGCCCACCCCGCCCGCCUCCCCCUGCAGAAGAGCACGUCCGAGGAGUCCAGCACCAGCGAGGUCUCCUUCCACCUGGCCGAGGGAGGAGGAGGGUCCAGGGGUUCCACCGGGUCGUCCGACUCACCCCAGCGCCAGGAGAGGAUGGUGUCAUCAUCCUCUUCCUCUCGGGGGACGCCGGUCCCCUCCCCUGGCCCGUCCUUACCCUGGUCAGGAAGUCGCCAGGACAGCGCAGACAUGUCAGACAGCAAGGACAUUAAGCAGCAGGAGGAAAGCAUACAGACUUGUACCAAAGCUAUCGCCUCGCUCCGCAUCGCUACAGAACAUGACACUCUGGAGAAGGGCAUGUUGGUGUGCUCUUCAGACGCCCAUCAGAGACACCCCCCCCCACUGCCUCACUCCUCUCACUCCCCUUACCCCAGCCCUCAGGAGAGAGCCUCCAGCAGGAUUCAGCACUUUAGUGGCCUAGAGGUUAGGCAGUCCCCGGACGGCCGCUCUGCCUCCCCUCUCCCCCUACACUCCAGCUCCAGCUUGGAGACCUCCCUGCCAGCCACAUCAAAGGGCCCGGCGGGUUCCACGGCAGGCCCAGGCCACUGUGCCAAGGAGAGGUCGCCAGGUCAACAGAGCCCAGGGGAAAGACCAGAAAGCACAAAGAGAGGCAAAAAUAUAUUAAAGGAUGCCACCGAGAACAGGUGAACAUUGUUAAAAAGGGAAGGACGUGCAACGUAAAGACAUCAACCCGUACAAUUGCACACACACACACACACACACACGACGCGCACACAGAGAAACAGACAUUUAAACACACACACACACAAACAAGUCUUUAAACAAGCAAAUUAAGUAGAUACUCUGUAGUUUCAAUGUAUAGCAUGCCUUUUAUAACCUGGUUUGCUAUUUUAACAAUUUCUUUCUUAUUUAAAUUUUCAGAGAAUAUACAUACAGUAUGUUAACUUAUAUAUGAGCCUGACCAAAUUGAUGAUGGACUCCAGUCUGGUACUUUUAAAUGUACAGAUGUGCGUGCCUUUUCUUUACUUUUUGCUUAUAUUCUUAUAAGCAUAUUAAGCAGGAAGAUAUGUUAAUAUAUCACGUUUGUGUAUCAGCUUUGUAAUAAAUGCAAUUUCUCGUCUUUUUUAGACACUUGAGUCUGAAUGAUGUGAAGUAUCAAUAUAUGUAAGGUUGCACUAAAACUUAUUUUUAUAUGAGUGAAAUUAAAUGGCUUUUGUGUACAGCAGCAAUUCUAUAAUACUAUUUAUUGUAUCAUGUUUCAUAAAAUGUAAAUUUUUCUUAAUGUUGUGGAUGCCUUUUCUAUGUAAAGCAUGGGUUUUGCUAUGGCAUAAUUAGAGCAAACAAUAUGUACACUGUAAAAUGGCUUUAUAUGUUAGAAGUAUUUAUAUACACCUAAGUGAAUGCACUUUACUUGGAGGUAUAUACAUAUGAUACAAUUUACCAGAAUAUAUAUCUAGUAUAUAAAUAUAUAUAUAUAUAUAUAUAUAUAGAAUAUAUAUGUGCACUUAGGUUUUAGAUUGACACCCACAUACAGUAUGGUAGUUAGUUCUAAAUGCUUGGACCUUUUUCUCUCCUGUUCGCUGGAUUGGCUACACUAGUUGUGAUUUUACAUUUUUUACAAAAAGUAGAACUGUUCAGCAUUAAGUGAAUCAAUGUGCAUUUAUUUUUUGUUUUCAUUCAGCGCUUACUGAAGUAGUAGUGAAAUAUUAAAGAUAGUUUGAUCUUCUGUGAAUCACGUUGCUUGAAGUACUUGAUUUAUUGAUUAGUGUGGGGAACAUUCCAGCUGAUGUAAAUAUUGAAUGCCCAUGAAUUUGUAUACACACACACACACAUAUACAGACGCACGCACACACGCACACACACACACACACACACACACACACACACACACACACACACACACACACACACACACACACACACACACACACACACACACACACACACACACACACACACACACACACACACACACACACACACACACACACAGAGAGAGAGAGAGAUUAGUGAGACACCAGUGUGUUACCUACGAGGAGACCCCAGCGGCUUACACACACACAGUCAUACACAUUUAUACAUGGAAAGAGUUCAUUCUGGGCAAUGACGUCAGUUCAUCAACAAAACAAAAGAUAUUAAAUGCUUGUACACACAGAUAUCCAGAACUCUGAAAAAUGCACCUUAUGUUUACUACAUUUUGGGGGUACUAUCCAAUAAUGCUGUAUAUCAAUUUUGGAACUGGGAUUUGGAAUCCAGUUGCUUUUAAAAACCUGUUUGUGAAUAAACAACCUAAACGAACAGGAGCAUUCAGCCAGUCACUCGUGUGUGUAUAUCUGUAUUUUGUAUGGUGUGUAUAAGAUCUGUGUAAUUUACUCUUUGGACAUUUUUGUCACUAGUCCUUGGUAUUCACCUAACUGUAUUAACAUGUCUUUCAAAUCUAAGGUAUCAAAGCACAAAUCAUAGUAUAGAAACAAAAAAAAAGAAAAAUGUUAAACAUACAUAAAAAGGGUAACAUUGUGAUGUUCAGUGGAAAGUACAAUAUCAUGGAAGACCCCAGUUUCAAAAAUUAAUCACAGUGCAGGUGGAAAUAAAACGGAUUGUUGUUUUCAAAUAAAUACCACUACAAUAAAA